UCUAGAGAAUUUAGUUCAAAUUAUAAAUUACACGUUUUUUUAUCAUCUAGUGAACAUUUGUUGUGUUUACUUUCAGGAGUCCGGGAUCCCAGUUACAGGGAGUGUCAUCGACAAAAUUAUGAAAUUCAUGGACACCAACGGAGAUGGAAAGAUAGACAUCAGUGAGUUUCUGUUGGGCGACAAAAGAAUCAAAAACAUCUCCCGUAAACAAAUCAAGGAUGAACAAGAAAGAAGAAGCAAUGAUGUUAGCUACAACAAGUACUCCAGAACAUUCCAGAAAGCUCAUAUUGAUCCAAUCACAAAUGCUCUCAAGGUCGAUCCUAGUCCGACCCCUAUGAGGCAGUCCAGAAGACCAUCUGUUAUCCGUCUAGCCAGUGACCCUGACAUGGAGGCUGUGCGCAAAUUCAACAUUCCGUUGUAG